AUGCAGAAGCUCGCCAAGCGGGUCGCCCAGGCCCAGCGCCAGGCCGGUCGCCGUGCGCAGAAGCAGGCACAAAGCGAACACCAGGGCUACAAGCUCCGAAACCGACAGGCCCUACGAGGCGCCGUAACUGAGGUCCGCGAGAACCUCCUCGAUGCGCGCCGCGCCCGUGCGGAGGACUGGGAGAUGGGUCCCAUUGCCCCAAAGCGAGACUUGGGCUUCAACGGCUAUGGCAUGUUUGCCGAGAGCGUCCGAACCGAUUGGUCCAACUAUGGCCUGUAUUCACCACGCCCCGAGGUUGUUCAGAAGAGGUGUGCCUGGGCUGGUGGACCUAAGAUGCUCAAUCUUGAGGUUCAAGACCGUGUGGUUAUCCUGGAUGGCCCCGACAAGGGCAAGAUUGACCGCAUCAGGUCUAUCAACCUGCAGUCUGGCCAUGUGACAUUGGAAACCCACCACCGAGCAAUCUCUGCUGGCAUGUUUGGCAACGACAGCCGUUCUGCGCCCAUGCCCCUUUCGAUUGGCUCAAUUCGUCUCGUAUACCCCAUCACCAACCCCGAGACGGGAGUAACCAAGGAUACCGUCAUCAACCAGCUCAAGGGAAUCCCCCCGAACAUGAAGUCUCCAAACAUGACUCUCGACCGAUGGGAGAACGGAAAGAAGUGGGAUCGUGUGGUUCCCGGCAUCAACGUCGUAAUCCCCUGGCCCGAGGUACAUGUCCCUGAAUAUACGACGCAGGCUGCGGAUACCAUUCGCGAGCAGGUUGAGGAUCGAACCUUCUACUACAGCCUCCUGUCACCUCCCAUGCCCGAACAGGUCCUGGACGAGCUGCGCAACAAGUUUUCCAAGUUCCGAACGCGCCACGAGGGCUGGUAUGUCCAGAAGAGGGAGGCCGACGAGGCGGCCAAGAAGGCCCGACAGGAGUCAGUCUUGUCCAUGCAGACACCUCUGCAGGAGUUCCACGCCAUGCAGCGUGAGCUCCGUGCGGCUCAGGGCGAGCCCGAGCUCACGGACGAGAUGCUGGAGAAGCUUGGUGCUGUCAUUGCCCAAAAGAAGGAGACAGCAUUCAAGAACGCGGGCGUAUCGGAGGUUGUGUCUGCAACACCAGAUUCGACACCACCCUCUUCAGCACCGCAAUGA